GGUACAGAGCAAGCUGUGCGGAUACGGGAGGUUCAUAGGGAGGCAGAAUGCUCGGAUCUAGUGACCUACGUCAGUCCUCAAAGACGUUCGGAGCAGACAAAGAAUCGUAGAGCACUGUGCACAAUGCGUCCAGCUGUGAUCACAUCUUGCGCAGCCUUACUGGUGGUCGCUCCCGUGUUCGCCGCGCCGCAGGACGAUGUCUGGUUCACAUCGCCGAAUGCGAUGCAGGGAGAUGCAAGCGCCCGAAAUGUGCAACAAGUAGAAUCCUGCUUAAAAGUGGAAGCGUUGAAGCGAUUGUUUGCUUGUUCUUCAACCUUCAAUUAUUACAUGAGGAAUGAGGACGACUUCAAGGUGAAAGUAGACGGCAGCAGAGAGUGCAGUAUUGCAAACGGGUACAAGGACUGCGUCCAGUAUGGCCUGAGACAUACAAAUUGCGUGGAUGAUGAGAUAUUUGCUUACGACGUGCUCUACUUGAUGCGAAGCCACGUUUCUAGUUACCCCAUGAAAUGUCGUGCAACCAACUCCCAACUACUGACACAGAUGAAACCUUCGGAAGGCGAUAAAUUAUGCGACCGAAGCAAGGCAACUUACACUUACCUAGCAUGCGGUAAGAAAUUCUUCGACAGCAUUGACGCAAGGAAGCUUUAUAAACCACGUGGGACACGCUUUCGUGCUACCAUGUCUGCUAAGCUAACGAACCACUUAAGAUCGGAUUAUUCUUCACCACCCGAGCUCGGAAGAUCGGUUCACGCUGAACCUUGCGGGGCUGUGCAGGCAUGGAUCGACUGCUACCACGCAGACUUCAUUGAUGCAAACUGCGUGGAGGGUUUGGAGCUCUACAAGCGAUCCAAAGAGUUGUACGACACCAUAGUGGCUGAAUUCAACUGCGUCGACCGACAAUUUCAGGCAUCGAUUCAGACGCAGCAAUCGUGCCAGGAACGACCAGUGUUGAUCAACUUCUUCACUUGCACUAUCAGCUACCAUAUUGAUACGAAACUUAUAUCCGAAAAAGGUCACGCAACAUCCGAAGUUACCUGCCCGUCCGCACAAAAAUUUCACAGAUGUGUGGCCUCUGCGAUGAAUGAUGUUCGCUGUCUCGAAGAAAAUAAGGAUAUCAAGCGUCAUAUGAGGCACCUCGGCGAUGUCCUUACGAGAUCGGUUGGUUCCUGCAAAGAGCGCUCCGGCUAUUACCAGGAGACUCCUCGAGAGAGAAUGACGUGCACCAGAACGCUACUCUUCAAGAAUUAUUUCCAAUGUGGCCUCGUCUUUGAGCGGAAUUUUGAAGUGCACGCAAAUAUCUUGGCGAGAAGUGGAGAAGACAGGAGGUGCAGGGUGCUGAACGAAUACAAUGCAUGUCAUAAGAAAGCUGUCAACGAAUCCGGUUGUCUGUGGAAGUCGUCUGUUUUAGACACUGUGCAAUAUCUCAUGGAAAUGCAAACAAAGGACAUCGACCUAAACUGCGAAGCUACUUCGCCGGUGUACGAUUCCGGAGUCAUGGCGGUCAAGUGCAUAAAAAAUAUCGCCAUCAAGAACACAUUUUUGUGUGCAAUGACGUUCGAACACCUCGUCGAAGACCUGCAACUCAAGCGUCAAGCUACGGCGGCGAACGUUUGCAAGUACCUAGAGGAGCUGAACAGGUGCACGGAAAUGGUGAUGAAAACUACUGGAUGCGGCAGAGACGAAGAAAUUUCAGACCACGUCACGCCAAUCCUAAGCACGUUGACGCACAGUUAUAGCAAGGCUUGCAGGAACAUUUCUAAGGGCUUCAGGAUAUCACUUUCAAAGAUGAAGCCUCCAAGUGCUUGUGAUCGUCAGAGUGUGCUGAAGAAGUUAUUCAAAUGCGGCCUCACCUUGAGCAACGGUCUGAACGACAUGGAACAUCGAAGUGCUGGGGGCAAGCACCUCAAAUGCAGACUGCUUCUUCACUACGAGGCCUGUAUCGCCAACGCUACACAGGGCACAGACUGCCACCGUGAUCUAGAAAUGUGGGCGCAGAUCGUCUCUUUUUCCAAAAUAAUCCGGGAGGACUACUCGAAAGUAUGCCCCAGCCAAACGUAUGGUAACAUUCCGGUGCAGAAAGGAUUGGUGAAAGACGACGAGGAUGAUGACUUAUUGGACAGCGAUACUCUAUGGGAUAACAUGAGGCAGCACGUGGACCGUCAAAAGGGACGAGGAAAGGGAGCUCUUAGGAAUACUGCACAGGAACGAUAUUCAUUCAGCGGUGUGCGGAGGGAAGUUGAUGACGCCGAGGACUUCGUUUACCAGCGUGGUGGAUUUGCCUCAAACAGAUCGUCACCGAACGAGAUGGAGCUCAGUGAUUUUUUGAACCCGGGUGCAAUCAAGAGUACAACCAAAGGACCACGGCUACAUGGACAGAAGGUACUCAUUGGGAAAGAAUACCUGGACGAUUCAGACGAUGCUUUAUCAUCCGAUGACCUUAACACGGACCAAGAUUAUGAUGAGGGUUUCUCCAAGUCCUCAAUUCGAAGGGGACGGAACUGGAUGCGGCAUUCACGGCCAUUAGAAGGCAGCGGUGACUUUGGCGUUCGCUCGGGCAGAAGGAGGUCCAUUAAAAUCUUGGAUGAUGACGAUCAAGAUGAGGAGGCUGACAUCGUGAGGUUCAUGAGACCGCAGAAGCGCGGCUCAGAUGACGGCUAUGAUAGUGACGGCAGGAAACCAGGCGACGACGAUGACGACAACAAUGAUGGAAUUUCGUCCGACAGGGAAACACGCAGAGGGGAAUGCAACGUGAAGAAACUGAAGGUGGAAUCUCAACUUUGCGACAACAGCUUUGCUGACAGCGUGAAAAUGUCAUGGGGUCCAGACAUACCGGGUGAAAAGUAUCCUGGACCUACGAAGGCAGUGCAAGCAAGGCUAUGCGUGUCUCUGAUGGCGUACCGUUCCUGUCUACUGGAAACUGCACAUCGCAUGCACUGUAGCGAAGUCGUGGGAAAAGUUUCUCUCGUUGUUGACGAACAAAUGAAGAAAUUGGGCGUGACUACCUGCAGUGCCUGCAGACUGUGUCUCUCCACAUGGACUCUGAUUGUAUUCACGUCUGCAGCGGCACUGUUUCGACUUAAUAGAUGCAGAUACGCAAUUUGAUCUAUAAAUUCACCUAUAGGUGCAUGCAUGUA